CCGUCCAUCGUAGAAAUGGCUGCCUCGGCGGCAGCGGCGGCUUCUUCCCCCGCGUUGUGCCCCAGCUUCGCCGUCAUCUGCUCCUUUUUAGAGCGCUACGGGGCCCUGCUGGAUCUACCGGAGCUUACGUUUCCCCAGCUGGAGCGAUAUCUGGAGGAAACGGCCACAGUUCCUAAGCUGCUGGUAGAUCUCCAUGUGAAGUUAUUGAGGAAAAUAGGCAAGUCUGUUUCUGCAGAGAGAUGGGAGAAGUAUCUUGUAAAGAUAUGUCAGGAGUUCAACACCACAUGGGCAUGGGAGCUGGAGAAGAAGGGCUAUCGGGAGAUGACGGUGGAGUGCAAGACAGGAAUUCUCAAGUAUUUAUGCGAAUGCCAGUUUGAUGACAAUGUCAAGUUCAAGACAGCCAUCAAUGAAGAAGACCCGGAUAAAAUGCGCCUGCAGCCCAUCGGCAGAGACAAAGAUGGCCUCAUGUAUUGGUUCCAGCUCGACCAAGAUCACAACGUGAGAGUGUAUGUGGAGGAGCAGGAUGAUCUAGAUGGUUCCUCCUGGAAAUGCAUUGUUAGAAAUCGAGAUGAUUUGGCUCAGAUCCUUGGACUGCUGAAGACUCAGAUUGAUCCUGCGCUGUUAGUCAAGAAAGAUCAGGAGGAAGGGUCAUCUAGUAACAGCCCAAGCCCAGAGGAUGAAGAGAACAAGAAGAAAGAUGAUGAUGGAGACGUCAAGAAACAAAACGAUCUGGAUGAAGAUAAAUCAAAAGAUGCAUCUUCUGUCUCUACCAAAACUGAAAAGGACGGCAUAUUGUCCAAAGUGGAUAAUUUGAAGCAAGAAACAACAGAGGGAAAUGACACGUUGAAAGAUAACAAAGAUGUGAAAGAAGAGGUCAACAGUCAACCUGACAAGCCACCGGGAGCUGAUGGAACCAUUAUCCAAGCAAUCAAAGAGGAGCCCGUAGGGGAAGGCGAAGUACGCAAAAGCUCAUCUGACUCAGCACCAGAAACCUGUGGUCCACCGUCUUCGGAGCAAACAGAGGAGUUGCAGAAGAAGUCUUCAGAUGAAGUACAGAGAGCAAUUAAAAAUGACCAACAAGCUAAAAUCCCUUUGAAAAAAAGGGAGAUGAAGCUGAGUGAGGAUUUUGAAACCAAUUGUGGAAGCAGUGGCAGCAGCAUCAUUGUCCGUAAUCCAGCUGUUACUACAGUGAAAGAAAAGCAGGCAGCAAGUGAGGAAAAUGGGGUACAUGCUGAUGAGCUGAAUGGGGAUGUCUCAUCUGCUAUAGUUGUGAAGAGUAAAACACAGAAAAGCCAAGAGAUGCAAAAAGAAACUCUGCAGACUCUUUCUGAAGAUCAAGAAGCAGAUACCAAAGUCAAAAAUCAGCCUUCGGACACAAGAAAAACUGAGGAACAAGACAACGACAAAGAAAAGCAACAGGGAGAAGAGUCUAAGAAGACAGAUGAGACCCAAAGUAGUGUAGAAGAAUCCAUGGAAGUGGACAAACCUGAGGAAUCUAGUUCACACAAGGAAACUACAGUCGUGAAACAGGGCCAAGAAACAUCACCAAAGCAAGAAGCAACUUCUAAGUCAACUGAAAAUUCGUCAGAGCCUGAAGAGGUGCAGUUGUCAACAGAUAUGGAAAAGACUGAUAAGUCAUCUAGUAUAGAUGUUGCAGCGGAGACCUCAGACCCUCCCGCCAAGAUACAACCUGAGGAAUCUAGUGCCAUGGAGACCACAGACCAAUCUGAACUGGAAAAGAAGAAGCCAGUCAUGUUAAGUGAGAGCGUAUCAUGUUCAAAAGAAAAAACAGACACUAAAGACCAAGAAAUGACAGAUCUGUCGGACCACACAAGUGAAACAAAUGCUGUAGUGUUGAAAGAAAAAGCUUCUGAAGAGGUGGUUAAAUCACCUGCUCCUAAGGAGACUGAGGCAUCGACUUCUUUGGAGAAGUCCCAGGCGUCUACAAAACAGGCGGACUCAACUCAUGAAGAGAAUGAAAAAUCUGUUGUCAGAAAUGAGACGGAGAAAAAGCUCGCCGUCGAAGAGAGAAGUGAGCCGUCUGCCUGUGAGGAAACCAAAACAGACCAUAAGUCUGUUGACGGCACUGGAGGAGACUGUGCUUCAGUGGAGGAGGGCAAAGAGUCUAGAUCAGACUCUCCUAAACAGACUGAGAAACAGCAGCUUCCUGAAAAGAAUGAACUCCCGGCUGUUAAGGAAAAGGAAAAAUCUGGUGGUUUAACAGAGGAGAAAAAUGCAUUCCCUGAAGAUACAGACGUUUCCAAAGAGAAGGAGAAACCACCUUCGCCGAAAGAAAAAUCCACAUCUGAAUCCUCUGAAAAGACAAUGGUUAGUGCUGAGACAAAUGAAUCCACAAUCAGUAAACCUUUGGAAUCAGACCUUGAUGGGAUAACUGUCCCAUCAGAAACUGAUAAAGCCUCCAAAGAAAGUGGUUCAACAGCUACUGGGAAAGAAUCAGCAGCACAAGAUGACCAGAAAGAGGCUGCCUCACCUAAAGAAUCCCAAAUGGAGAUCCAUAAAGAAGAAGAAAAUAAGACUGAGGAUAUGGAAGUUACCUCAGAGGACGCCAAGGUUAAUGAAGUAUCCCCAGCUAGUGAGGAGGGAGCGGAACAAAAGACAGGAAAAGAUCCUUCAUCUGAUGCCGCUUCAGUGGAGUGUGAUGCUGGACCUCAAACAGAGGCUUCUGAGAAGCAGGAUGCUGAUGGAGUCAAGCCUACAGAGGAAAGCAAAGCUUCUACAGAUGAACCGAAACCAGACAGUGGUCUAGUAAAGGAAAAGAAAGAAAAGGGCAGACAGAGAGGAGCUUCUAAAGAGACGAAAAUCACUAGAGAAGCUUCCAAAGCGAAAAAGACGGAGCAGAAUCAAGAAGAGGAGAAGAAUGAGGUGAAGGCGAAUAAGGAAGAUCAAGAGGAUGGCAGUGUCCCGCAGGAAGGAUUACGUCUGAAAAUCAAGGUCCCGGCUCACAGGCGGAAGGCAGAGCUGCAGCGAGAAGAGGGCAAGGGAGACUCUGAGUCGGAAACCGGUGAGGGAAGGUGCCUGAGGAGGUCGCCGAGGAUCUGCAGACCCACGGCCAAAAUAGUGGAGAUCCAGGACCGAAAAGUGGAGAAGAAACAGGGCACACCCUCGACGGAGAAGGACAAGGAUGAAAACGGAGAGAAAGAGGAGGAGGAAAAUAUUGUACAGAAGAAACCGAGGGAGAGGAAGGUCGACCCAGAGGCUCAAACGAAACCAAAGGGGAGACGCCGAAGGCGGACACGUUGGUCCAGCACCCGAACGCGGCGUAAAAAGAAAGGCUCGGAGAAUGACGACGAUGAGAGUUCAAGUGAGGAAGAGGAGACUGAGGAAGAUGACAGUGAUGAGGAUUAUAAGGUGGAGAAAACCAGGAAGAGGAGGAGGAACUGCAAUAGAGCGAGGAACAGCUCUGAUUCGUCUACCUCGUGUUCAGAUGAAGACCUUCCAAACGAUGACCCCUGCAAACACUGUGGCCUGCCCAACCAUCCUGAGCUGAUUCUACUGUGUGACUCGUGUGACAGUGGCUAUCAUACGGCUUGUCUCCGGCCUCCUCUUAUGAUCAUCCCAGAUGGCGAAUGGUUCUGCCCACCUUGCCAGCAUAAACUGCUUUGUGACAAGCUGGAAGAGCAGCUACAGAGUCUAGAUGCAGCACUUAAAAAGAAGGAACGUGCUGAGCGAAGGAAAGAGCGUCUGGUUUAUGUCGGGAUCAGCGUUGAAAAUAUAAUCACGCCUUCUGUUGAGGUGGAAGAAGAAAAAGAGGAGGUGGAGGUGGUGACGAAAGAGAAGAAGGAAGUCAAGAAAAUCAAGAGCUGGGGCAGAAGAUCAACAAGAGCGAAGAAAUAUAUAAGCUACAGGUUUGAUGAGUUUGAUGAAGCUAUCGAUGAAGCAAUUGAAGAGGAUAUCAAAGAAGCUGAAGGAGGAGGAGCGGGACGAGGAAAGGACAUGGCCAAUAUUACAGGCCACCGAGGGAAGGACAUAUCCACCAUCUUACAGGAAGAGGGAAAAGAGAAUGGGCGGCCCCAGCGGCCCAGCGCAGGUCAGCGGAGGAAAAAACGGCGGCGCCUUAAUGAUCUAGACAGUGACAGCACUGUGGACGAAGAAGAGAGCGAGGAAGAGUUCCGCCUAAGUGACAGUAGUGAGGAGGAGGAGUUUGUAGCAUCCGAUAACGAGGCGGAGAGUGAGGCCGAGGCCCAGUCCUUAGACGACAGCGAUUUCGGCAGUGAUGGCUGCGGCCCGGCCAGACGCUUUUCGUCCCGGCGGACGGCUGUGCGGCGGCGGAACACGCGGCCUCGCAGGCGACACAGGCCCAAAGGUUACUCCGACGAUGAAGAGCUCGAGUCUGAUGAAGAGGAGGAGGAGUCAGAAAUUGCGACCGAGGGGUCCAGUGAAUUCAGUGACAGUGAUCUGGACAUGCGCAGACGCCGCUCCCACCGGAGCCGGAAAAAGCAGGUCAACUACCGAGAAACAUCUGACUCAGAAGGCUCCCAGGCAAGCACCAACAAGGACAAGAAGAAGAGCCACAGGCGUUUGUCCAGCUCCGAGAGCGAUGCAACUUUCCAGUCUGCGGAUUCUGAAGAGGAAGACCGGAGAAGUAAGAAGCGGAAGGCCGACUCAUCGGAAGAGGAGUCCCGCAAACGGCGCCAGCGUCUGUCCCUCAAGCGCAGGAGGGAGUCUGAGGACGACGACGAUUCGGACGAGUCGGAGGAAGACCGGCCCAUACGCAAGCGGGUGAACCGCAUCGAUUCCGACGACACUGAGGAUGAAGAGGAGGAGGAGGAGGAGAAGAAGAAGAAGAUUACGGAGAAGGAGUCUGAGGACGUCCUGGAAAAGGGGGUUAGCUCUCUUGACUACAGCUUGGUGGAGCUUCCUCCCACCAAUGGACAGAGCCCUAUGAAAGGCCUGGAGGGGUUGAUCCCGCGGCCCGCUGUGGGCGUGGGCAACCCCGCUCUCGCCAGCCUGAAAAACAGCAGUGCGCCGCUUCCCGGGGCCAUGGCUGCCAACGGCCUGGUUCCCCAGGAGAUGGCGCCACAGGACGAAGACGAGGAUGACCUUUUGGGGGUCACAGACCUUGUAGACUAUGUCUGCAACAGUGAACAGUUGUAAGACACGACGUAUGUUUUCCUUUUUGUUUUUACGGUUUUUCAAAGUUGUCUGUCUCAUCCAGCACUCCUUUGCGUUUUUCUUCUUUUUCACGCUUAUUGUAUUUUGUUUUCGGUCAUUGCCAUGUUACAUACAGUAUCGUUUGGACAUUUGGGCCGACACGGUUCUCAGUGUUCUGUGUGCCAGCAGGAAGAACUGAAGAUAAUUCUGGGGAUGGAGCAGGAUGUUUACCCUUCAGCUUGAGAUGGUCCAUUUGACUGUGUGAAGGUCAUCAGCUUGGCAGAGGCUGGUGGGAACCAGCUUUGCACGAGUUGGUCCCCAGCAGGAGAACAGCACCUGAACACAAGAUGUAAAUAAAUUCACCGAACGAGGGUGUAGUCGGUUGGGGCAUCAUUAAGCGACUCCCCAAGAUGUUUUUAUUUUUUAAUCUUUGCGAGUGAAAUAUAUGACACCAAGCCUCUGGCAAAACGUAGAAACAACCUCCCCACCUCUCUUUUACACUAAUCAUGUAGCCAUUCCCUUUUCAGCAAAUCGGAAACCUCAUGAGUCAUUGUGGAAUAUUUUCAUUAUUUGUUGAAUUAGAAGAUACGUGAUUGUUCACUUUUAUUUUCGCUGGGAAAUCGGAGAAAAUGAGGACGGUGGCAACGGCAUAGAGGGUCGGAAAUGCAUUCCAGCCAAGGUCUGGACAUCGUUACCUGCUGGUCUAAACAUGUAUUAUUAUUGUUGUUAUUGUUAUUGUUAUUAUUAUUAUUAUUAUUAUUAUUAUUUUUUAUUUUAUUUUUUUUCCCCCCAGUGAAUCAGUUUUGUAGUAAUGCUCUAAAUGAGACCCCCCCCCUUCAGUUCUUCCCCCAGUUGGUGUGGGAUAUGCUCUUAAAUGUCUUUAACACUGAUUGGUUUGAAACUGCUAGUUGCAUUUAGUUGAAGACCACGUCUGUAUUCUAAUGAGAACAUAAGCUUGGUUUUGUUAAACUAUUUAUUCUUGAAAUUGUAAUUUUUUAACUAAUUGCAGCUCCAAUCAUUCACAUACUUCCUUCACAGGAGCCACGGGUUGGAAUUCCAGAGUAGUACAUGUGGGAAGGUACACGGAUGUUGCUACCAAAUGGGUCUUGUGUAGAAAUAGCCACCUUUUAAGUAAUACUCCCUUAAUGAAAGUGCAAAAAUUAUCAUUUUUCCAUGCUUUUUUUUUUAAAUAAUAGCUUGAUACAGUAUGUAAACAUUGUCAAUUUUUUUCCCCAGUCUAUAUGAUCCAUAUGAGGAAAUUGAUGAAUGUUGUUUUUGUGAUGUCACAAAAACGAAGCAUUUGCAUAACAUCCUCCUAUUCAGCCUACAGCAGCUCAGCCCCGCCCAAGCUGAAGUUGUAAGGAGUGUUUCAGCCCGCACUGCUUUGUUAAUGAGGCACAACAGAGGGCAGCCAAUCAGAACAGACGUUUUUACAUUAUUUGCAUAUAUCAGUCUUAAAGGCGCCUGUUUUAAGUCUAAGGGAUCAUGUGAGGAUGAAUUUUGACUUUUUUUGGUACCACUCAAAAAAAAAGGUAAAAAAUGCAAGAGAAAUGUAGGAUAUGGGCCCUUUAAACCCGUUUUAUAAUGCACCAUGCUAUUUUAUAGCCUGCUUUUGACCCUUUUCCCUCCCUAGAUGUCAAAACUGCAUGUUUUGACUGCAUUUUAGUCGAACCGAUGUCCAAAAUCAAACACUAUUACCGCGGCAGCUCGUGAGUGCAUCAAAGGCCAAAUUGAAAAGGUGUCAUUUGUGAUGUUAUUGUAUGUGAUCAUGUAUAUGUGUAAAACUUAGUUCAGCAUUUAUUUGUUUAGGAUGAACACGUCACAUACUAGUGUUUUUCUUUUUAUUUUUAUUGUUGUAGUUUAUCCGAAGGAUAGUGGAGGUUUGUCCCUGUGUCGGGGGGAAACUUUGUGUCACAUAUAUUAUCUGUGGAUUUCAAACAAGUCAUUUCAUCUCAAUUUAAUAUGAAUAUUUAAUAAAAGGGAUUUUUCACUUGUU